AAAUUCCAGAGACAUGUUGUGGGUAUUGACAUCUACCACAUAUACCUGGAGACACACAGUAGAAAAUAAAGACAAAGAAAAUGGUGGGCACAACUUUGAGACCUCAAAAUCAGACAGAGAACACAACAAACAACAACACAGUGGCAGACCAAAUCUUACCAAGCAAAGAUAUCUUAAAGAUAUGCAUAUAUCUUGUCAUCUUGAUCAUGGGUGUCAUUGGAAAUGGACUUGUCAUCUUUGUGACCGGCUACAAAAUGAAGACGACAGUCAACUCUGUUUGGUUUCUCAAUUUGGCGAUUGCCGACUUCAUUUUCGUUUUCUGUUUGAUUAUGAAUAUAAUCAUUACCUUCAACAAGUUUGUUUGGCCCUUCAGCGACUUAAUGUGUAAAUUAACCUCAUUGGUCACAGUACUAAAUAUGUUUGCGAGCAUUUUUUUGCUGACAGCCAUCAGUCUGGAUCGAUGUCUGUGCACAUGGUUGAUUGUGUGGGUUCAGAAUAAACGAACUCUAAACAAAGGCAGAAUCAUCUGUAUAUCUGUGUGGAUUUUAUCCAUCUGCUGCAGCAUCCCUUUUGCCAUCAAUCGCUCGGUACAGGAAUCAAAUGGAUUGAAACACUGUGUCUAUAAAAGCCAGAACCAGACAGAUCACGAUGUAUUAAUGUCUCUGUUCACAUACAGGUUUCUGGUUGGCUUUCUAAUUCCCUUCUUGAUCAUUGCAUCUUCAUACAUAGCUAUUGGUGUGCGUGUGAAACACCUUAAAAUAGGAAAGCAGCUUCGGCCUUUCCGAGUCAUUUUGUCUGUGAUUCUGGCUUUCUUCGUAUGCUGGUUUCCUUUCCAUGUUCAACAACUGUGUCACAUAAGUGCAUAUAAGUAUAACUGGAGUGACAGUGUUCAUAAAGCAAUUGAUUCUGCAGGACCUUUUAUUCAGUGUCUGGCUUAUCUAAACAGUUGUCUGAACCCCAUUCUCUAUGUGUUCAUGUGUGAUGAGUAUAAGAAGAAACUUAAAAAGUCUUUCGUGCAAGUGCUCGAGGCGGCCUUUACGGAGGAUCUGCAUUACCAAUCAACACUUCGUUCUACUUUACGCUACUCAGAGUCACUGCAAAGUAAAUCUGGCAAGUGGACAAAUGACACAAUCGUCUCCUCGUCUGGAAGUGGUCAGGGGAACAGAACAAGCUUUUAAAUUCAGUCUGGUGAUGAUCGAAGAUAUAAACUUGUAAACCGGAGA